UUCUGUGUUUUCCCUAGUUCCGGUUUUUGAUUCUGUUUCUGUCUGUUGGUCUAUCGAUUGUUUGCCACCUACCCUGACCUUUUGCCUGUUAUUAUCGACUACGUACUUUGCCGCACCUGCCCUGUUGUGUUUGCCGUUAUUGACCUCUGCCUGUUGUUUACGAGUACAUUAAAUAAAGCUGCAAAUAGAUUCUCAGCCUUAUGAUGCUUUAUUACAGAAGACUUCGCCAUCAAGUGAUCCAGCAGCCAUCUCCCAGCUCACAACAGAGCUCUCCGCUCAAGCCCAGCAACUCGCUGGCCACCAUCAGCAGCUGACGCGGCUCACCUCGCUCACCGAAGAACUCGUCACGGCGCUGCAGAAUCUACGGGGAAUCUCCGGAGCGUCCAACCCCGUGCCGCCGCCAGUGCUCCCGCCAACCACCUCGUAUGCAGUCCCCGCGGUCGCUAAUCCUCGGCUCGCCUUCACGGACUAAUUCAACGGAGACUCCGGGAAGUGUAAAGGCUUUCUGAUGCAGUGCUCGCUUUUCGUGAUGCAACAACCCGCACUCUAACCGACCGAUGCCAGCCGUAUCGCCUUUGUGUGCACGCUCCUCACCGGUAAGGCGUUAGACUGGGCCACCGCUGUGUGGAGGGAGGACAGAACCGUGUUUUCCUCCUUCGAGCACUUCCCCACCCAAUUCCGCAGCAUCUUUGACCACUCCGCUGGAGGAGAGAGCGCAGAGGAGAACCUGCUAGCCAUAUCCCAGGAUGAUCGUCCUGCCGCGGACUACGCGCUGGCUUGUCGUACCGUCGCCGCGGAGGCAGGUUGGGAGGACAGACCGUUCAAACUGCUGUACCGCAAGGGCUUGAACCGGGAGCUGCAAGCCGAGCUCGCGUGUCGGGACGGUCAGGGUAUAUUCUGGAAAACGGUUUCCCUAUUGCGGUUUCGCAAACGGCAGAGCAAAUGUAGCACACGCCGUUUACCAACUCGCGAUGGGGAAUUCGCAAAGCACAACAUUCCUUCUGUUUACCAGCACGAGAUCAUAGGAAGGAAUUAAAAGUACGAGGCUACAGAUUUAAGAGGCGGGGCAACAUUUACCAAAUUUCAAACUUAAAGUUCAUGCAAACAGAUAUUAAUAGACAGGUUUCAGUCAAAUAUUUAUGGUUUAUUUAGCAGUGUUAUAAACAUGCAUCCUCUUCUAUGUUUAAUAUUCUCAUCAAAGUGAGCAUCAUGAAUUUCAAAAUAAUCAAAAUAAUAAAAGAUAGGCUACCACACACCUACCACACGUCAGAUUAAAUUAAAUUUAUUUUUGUGCCCUUUUAUUUAUUUAUUUAUUUUAUUUUUCUAUGUUUGUGUUACAUAAAUCCAUUUGUGUGAAAAUGGUAUCACAAAAACAAGUAAAUUAAUGCUGAAAAAUAAUUAAUUACGUUUCGUAUUAGUAUUUCUCUCAACAGCCCGCAUAUGAUUGGUCAAACGUAAUAACCAUUUUUUUACGCAUUUUUAACUGCUCAGUCGGAACCAUGAGUUUGUUAGGUCAUGAAAACAUUAUAACAAGCAUGUAUCAAGAUGGACACACGGAUAUGGAAAUAUCAGAACAUUUAUCAGAGCUUGGCAUGCAAAGAGGGAAUUCAGAGCGAAAUAUACGGAAAUUCCGCUCUGAAAGAGGCCUUAAAAGAAAAUGUAUCUCCGAAGAUGAACUGGAGUUGGCGGUUUCGCAAGCUGUUGUAGAGACUGGACCAUAUUACGGACGUAAAAUGAUAACAGGCUACCUUGCUGCACAAGGAGUUCAUGUAUCAGAGGUUCGAGUGGGGCAGACAUUGGCACAGAUGCAUGAACCAUAUCACCAGGCUCGAUGCCAGGGUGCACAUAAUUUAAACCCUGUUCCAUAUAAUGCAGAGUAUGUGGGUCACAAACUGCAUAUGGACCAGAAUGAAAAGCUUUGCAUGUUUGGUGUGACCCAUGUCAUAGCCAUUGAUGGCUUCAGCAAAAAAGUUGUUGGACAUUCCACCAUGCCAAUAAAAAACAAUUUAACAAUUUAUGAAGAGGUGUACAAAAAUGCUGUCCUUUCCCAUGGGAUGUGGGAUCAGGUCAGAGUGGACCAUGGUAGAGAAUUUUAUCUAACCCUCUUCAUGCAAGACAUCUUAGCAGAAUACAGGCAUAACCAGCAACGACUGCCUUACAUCCAGACAACUAAGAACCAUACUGUAGAGAGAAUAUGGCCCGAAGUAAAUAAGCGGGUCAAUUAUCCAAUAAAGACUGCACUCAUCCAGAUGGUUGACCAGGAGGCUUUGGAUAUGGAGGAUGGGUUGACAAGAUACUGUGUAUCCAAUCUUACAUGUGAGAUCAGCCAGACUGGAGUACAGAGAUUAACGGGACUAUAUGGAAAUAAAGUGGGAAUUUUUUAAAAAUGCAGAGUUGACUAUAACAAGGAACGUAAAUGUAGUUAUAAUUUUGUUUAAAACAACAAGAUUUAAUGCAAUUUAAGUUGACUUGUAGGUACACAGCAAAAACAUCAGUGUUAUUUCAACUCCCAUAGUGUUAAAUUUAACACUUUCCCAGAGUUUAUAUAAUCGACACCAGUUCAGAGUUAAAUUAACACUUUGGAUAGUGUCACAUUUUUAACACUAUUAUGGAGUUAAAAUAUUAACACUCAGAGUGUUGUUUCUUAACACAUUUAAGAGUAUUUUUUACACUAAACAUGUGUUAUUCCUUUUCACUGGGGGUGUUAAUUCCUAACAUUCACAGUGUUAUUUUAUGACACUUUAAAGUGUAUUUUAAACUCUAUAUCGUGUUACUCCCUUACUCUUAAAGUGUUAAUUUAGAUCAUUCAGUGUUAUUAACACUUUACAGUGUAUUCAUGACAGUUGUGUUACAUUCAAUGUUCUGAAAAUACUUUUUCACUACAAGAAAAAAGAAACAUACGAAGAAUUCAACUUUUUUAAUAAAGACAAAAAUAUCCAAGCACCAUACAACUUGCACAUUUACACAGAAAAUAAUGGUACAAUAUAAAGGCUGUCAUCUCCACCAUAAGCACUUUGUAAGUCAAAAGGCUUGUAAAUUUGAAGACAAUCUGCUUUUAUCACAGCUUUUUCAUCACUUUCAAACACGUUGUAGGCAUGAAAAUGCUCACUGAAAUGGUCAACCAUAAGCUUGUUCACUAUGAAGUAGAUCACACUGUUUUUUUUAUUCUGCAAAACACAGGCAUUUCCUGUUCUGUGCCACUGCAAAUCACUAACCCGGCUCUGUACUCUACCCCACUGAUCUUUACCCAGUUAGUAGAGAAGAUGUCUUUUGCGACAUCGGGCAGGGCUUGGGCAAACAUUUCACCAUUUUCCUCAUUGUCCACAUUAAAUGUUUUCAAAGGUCCAUACUCAACAUGGUUCAAAGGAGAUGUUUCCCAAUUGGAUGCUAUGGACAUUUGAUGUUUUUUGGCAAGUGAUACUGUGAUGUUCUUGAAGUUUUUAAGUGUGCUUUUGAAAACCCUGUGUUUUGCCUCAAAUCGCAUACUCCACAUAUGUAUUAACGGUCCAAUUUUUCGAAUACA